AUGGAUUUGGCCAAUGUUCUCAGCUUGACCGGAACUGUCACCUGGUUUUGCGUGUCUUGUCAUGAUGUUGGUCCCCAUCGCAUGAAGAUCAAAUUCAUAGGACACGAGCCUGGAUCCUAUUUCGUUUGUUUUUGGUCGUAUUUACUCCCUGCUAAACGGCGCAUCAACAUCAAUACACUAUGCACAAAUUGCUUAGGGGGAACCAACCUUCUGUCAUCGAAGGAACAACGAGAGUUCAUCUACAAGAAGAAGGAUCAAAUCAUGUUUGAAAGACGUGUUACUUGGGCAAAGCAGGAGUGGGACCUUUUGGGUUAUUUCUCGCGAACGCCAACGCAUCAACGAAUCUUUGCAACAGAAUGA